AUGGAUGAUAUUCCAACUUGUUAUCAUCUACAGAAUGGUGAUUCACCAGGAACAAUUCUGGUGUCAAACAUCCUCACUGGGGACAAUUAUCAUUCAUGGAGCAGGUCCAUGGUCAUGGCGUUUAAAGCAAAGAACAAGAUUGGAUUUGUGGAUGGAUCAAUUCGUCAACCAAUUUUCACAGAUAAUACAUACGAAUUAUGGGAAAGAUGCAACAAUAUGGUGUCUUCUUGGUUAAUCAAUUCUGUUUCAAAGGAGAUUGGUUGCAGCAUAAUAUGUGCAAAAUCAGCAAGGGAUAUGUGUCUGGAUUUAAAGAACCGUUUUACUCAAGGUAAUGGUCCAAGAAUCUAUCAAUUGCAAAAAGAUUUGUCAGUCUUGAUGCAAGCAGAUUUAUCUGUACGAGAUUAUUAUACAAGAUUCAAAUCUUUAUGGGAUGAAUUGUUAGAUUACAAUCAAGUUCCUUCAUGUUCAUGUGGAGCCUUACAAAAGUGCAAGUGUGGUGCAAUAAAGAUCUUUCUGGGAUAUCAAGAUCGACAACACGUGAUGCAGUUUCUGAUGGGUUUAAAUGACAGUUUUUCUCACAUCAGAGGGCAAAUUCUGAUGUUAGAUCCUUUACCAGAAAUAAACAAAGUUUUUUCUUUGGUAGUACAAGAAGAAAAGCAAAGAGAAAUUAGCAAGAAUGGUAUUGUGGAUACUGUUGCUUUCAUGAGCAAAGUGCAAGAUUCAAACACAGAAAUAAGAAAGUUUAAUUCUGGAAAACAACAGACAAGAAGAGAAAAACUGUAUUGCACUCAUUGUGGUAUGAAUAAUCAUACAAUGGACAAAUGUUACAAGAUUCAUGGCUAUCCUCCCGGAUUCAAGCAAAAUUUCACUAAUAGUCGACAGAAAGGAAAGUUUCAAGCAUCUGCUAAUCAAGUUUCGGGUCAAACUUUGAGUAAUCCUUUUGAGAACUUUAAUCAAUUGCCUUUCUCUCAAGAAGAUUAUCAAAAGUUGUUAUCUUUAAUUCACUCACAACCUGAUGAUAAUACCAAUCAUCAAGCAGCAAAUGUUAUUUCUAAAUCUGUUGCUCAUUCCACUCAAGGAGCAUACCCCAUGAAAGAUGAUUGGGAUAGCUAG